AUGGAUUCCGGGAUGCUGCGACUGUUCCUGGUUCUGGUCGGAAGUUCCAUCAUCGCUGGUCAGGAGGGAUCAGGUCCAUCCCAUUUGUACAGACUUCCGAAGAAGAUCGUGCCAGGAUCGUACGAUCUUCAGAUCAAGACUCAUCUGGAUGUAGGACGCUUCAUCUAUGACGGAGAUGUCGCCAUAAAUUUGCACGUUAUCGAGAAGACCAACGUCGUGAUAGUGCACUCGGACGAGCUGAUCAUCCACGAGAACAAGACCCAAGUGUUCCCGACACCUGGUGGGCCAGGAAAAUUGCUGGACAUCUAUUCUCAAGACUAUGACGUGGACAGACACUUCUUCAUCGUCACGCUGGACCGGAAUCUCGAAAUAGGGGAAUACACCUUGAAGCUCUCCUUCGCUGGAGAGAUCCGAAAUGACACCCUUGGGUUCUACCGGAGCCUCUACGAGGUGGAGGGAAAGACCAGAUGGGUCUCCCUCACGCAGUUUUCAUCAACAUUUGCCCGACGAGCUUUCCCUUGCAUGGACGAACCGGAGUUGAAGGCGGUAUUUCGCAUCAGCAUCGUCCACCCAAAAAAGAUGACAGUGACCAGCAACGGAUCACCAGAACGGAAAACAGACAUAAAAAACACGGAUUGCGCCUUGACCAUCAUGAAGGAGACCCCUCUGAUGUCGACAUACUUGGUGGGUUGGGUGAUCCACGACUUCACGCCAAAAGAGAUGUCCACCUCCGGAGUGAAUCUGACAAUCUGGACCAGGAAGUCCGUCAAUCAAUAUGCAAAGUAUGCCCUAGAGCAAGCUGCAGAGAUCUACGAAAUCCUCCAAAGCUGGGUGGAAGCGGAGAACCCCAUGAAGAAGUUCGACAUGUUCGCCAUUCCCGACUUCUACUUCAGUGGGAUGGAGAACUGGGGACUGAUCAACUUCGCAGAGUCCAUCAUUCUGGUGGACAGAACCGUCACAUCAGCUAAAGAUGAACAACAUGGACUGACAGUGCUUGCCCAUGAACUAGCUCACACUUGGUUUGGAAAUCUGGUGACUCCGAAAUUCUGGGACGUGGCCUGGUUGAAGGAAGGCUUCUCCACCUACUUUGCAUACCUGGUGCUGGACAUGGCGAACACAGACUGGAAGAUCAUGGACAUGUUCCCGGUCCUGGAGCUUCAACCGAUGCUUCUUCAGGACUCUACCGAUCAUGCCAGGACUUUGAAUGCCGAGGGAAUUGGCAGCAGGGAGUCUAUCAAUCGUGCAAUGGAUGGCGUGCCAUAUCGGAAGGGUGCUUCGGUUCUACGAAUGCUUUCCUAUGCCAUCGGGCCUAAUGCGUUUACCAGCGGAGUGAGGUCCUACCUGAAGAUCAUGGCCUACCAAAGCGUUCGUCCUCGGAACCUCUACGUCCACCUGCAGAAAGCAGCGGAUGAGGAUCGGUACUCUGUCUUAUCAAAAAAUGUCCGUAUCGAAAGCGUGAUGGACACCUGGACGAACCAGAAGGGGUACCCCGUGGUGACUGUGUCCAGGAAUUACUCAACCUGGGUCGCGAGGGUGUCCCAAGAGCCAUUCCAUCUGAAUCCAGACACACCUUCCGCCAAACAAGACAAAUCAUCAUGGUGGAUCCCAUUGAGCUACAUGACAGAAGACCAGGCAGAGUUCCUCCCAACAAGACCCCGAGAUUGGCUACGACCCCAAGACAAGGAGACACUUUUCGGCAACAUCGACCCGAAGAAGUGGAUCUUGUUCAACAUCGACCAGUCAGGGUACUACAGAGUCAACUAUGAUCACACCAACUGGGGGAUGCUGAUCAACCAAUUGUUGUCCACCAACUACACCCUGGUCCCCUUGACAAGCCGGGCUGCGUUGUUGGACGAUGCCUUUAACCUGGCCAGAGCAGGACGAUUAGAAUACUCUGUACCCUUCAAUUUGUCUAAGUACCUCAUCCAGGAGGUGGAGUACGAACCUUGGCUGGCUGCGUCGAGGGUUAUGAAAUUUAUUAACCUUAUGCUUCAUGGACAACCAAAGACUCAGCGGGAAUUUCAGAAAAUGGUCAUCGAGUUGCUUUCCCCCGUGUACAAGAACCUGACCUUUGACGUCGCCGAAGCUGAAGAGCGAUCCAAAAGACUCCUUCGGGAAGUCAUCCUGAGCACUGCUUGCGAGAUGGGACAUUCUGACUGCCUUAAGAAGUCUGAAGAGGCCUUCCAAAAGUGGAUAAAGGACGGCGACAAAGGGAAAUUGCACCCGGAUUUGCGAAGUUUCGCCUACUGCGAAGGAGUCAGAGCCGGAAGUAAGAGCAACUGGGAAAAUGUCUGGGCAAGAUUUCUGAGAGCAGAUUUGCAGACCGAACAAGAUGUCCUCCUGCGAGCUCUAGGAUGCACAAAGGAUCCUAAAUUGAUUGAACGGUUUCUCAAUUCAGCGGUUUGGGGAUUCGAGUUCGCCAUUAGGUUGAAACAUCGAUACAAAAUGUUCGAACAUGUUCUUGAGGGCCAUCCGGAAAAUGUCAACCAUGUUCUGGACUAUGUGGACAAAAAUCUGCGGCUCAUUCUUGAUAACAGAGGAAAAGACUUCUUCGAUAAAGUCUUCCUCGCCGUUGGAAAGAGAAUCGUCACCCAGGAACAAUUGAACAAGCUGGUGAGAUUUUUGGAGAAACACGGAUCGGAAUAUGAAGGAUCGGCUUUCGAGGAAGCUACGGAAAAUCUCAAAUGGAUUAAAGAAAACUCGCCAACAUUUUCGGCAUUGUUCGCCGACACGUCGAACAAUACUUCGAUGCCAUUCUUGGGGAUUGGAACAUUACUCUCCAUGUUUCUUUUCCACGUCUUAUCCUAUUUCUUCCAAUAA